AUGCGCACUUCAACCACUCUUGCUGGCCUCAUGUUGGCCAUGGGCACUUUUGCUCUCCCCACCGACGCCAACGGGCUCGCUGCUCGUGCUGAUCCCUUCCAGCAAGGUGGCCAGCAGCAGCAGCAAGGCCAGUUCGGCCAAGCUCCUCAGCAGCAGCAAGGCCAGUUUGGCCAGGGCUACGGCCAGGGCUAUGGACAGCAAGGCCAGAACAAUCGGGGUCCCGGAGGAUACUACGACCCUAACAACUACCAGAACCGGCCUCAACUUGAUGUUGGUUGCCCGGACUGUGACAAGUACUCUCACCAUGCUUAUGAGAACUCCAACACCAAGUCGACUCAUACUCACUGCGAGAACGGCUGCUGCAAGCCCGAGGAGCCCCCUUGCCCCAAGCCCGAGCCCCCUUGCCCCAAGCCCCAGCCUCCUCCCUGCCCCAAGCCCCAGCCCAAGCCUUGUGAGCCUGGCUGCACCAAGCCCUGCUGCCAGGGCAAGUACCCCUACGGUUACGGAGAGAAGAGGGCUUAG